GCGUAUCCCUCCGCAGGGUCACUCGCUCAGACUUUUUCGCGGUCGCUUUACACGGCGUUCCGGCCUCCCCGCUCGUGCCUCCGGCUUACCCCUGCACCGUCCCCGGGGCAUUGUUUAAACUUUACAAAGAAUUAAACCCGUCUUUUUUUAUUUAUUUAUUAUUAUUAUUUUGUUUCUUUUUCCGCACUCCGAAACCCCUCCGCGGGGACCUAGUUUUCGGAGGCGUUGACAGGCGGCGGUGCUUCGGUCCCUCUUAAACAUGGCCACCAUGAUGGAGUAAAAACGCUACAACUUUCCUAUUGUGGUUUUCGCUUGUUUUUCCUUUUGGACUUUUUUUUUCUCUCUCCGUGUCCGAACCAAACGAGGAAUGUUUGAUCGAGAUUUGUCUCCGAGAGCAUCCGGUUCGUGUGAACGCGUUGGGAAAAGUUUCCUCUCGGAUUACCUGCUGAAUUAAGUUGGAAAGGAAAGAGAAGAAGAAGAAGAAGAAGGAGGGGGGGAAAGAGAAUCGCAUCGAUUCCAAUGUCAUCAGAGGAUAAGAGUGAGAAUCCCUCUGAACAAGGACCGUCUCCUCCGCAGAGCAGUGCCGGGGCCACGCCCUCCCGGAGCCCCGCCCCCGCGGACAGGCCUGUCAGAGGUCGACCCCACAGAGACUCUACAAGCUCCGCCCCCACGCCCAGGCCCACCCGCAAGUCUCGUAGUCGAGGCAGAGCUCAAGCUGAUGAUGAGGACAGCAUGGACGCCACGGACAACACGCUGCCGCCAGAGAUGGAAGCCAUGGAGUUGGACGUAGAUGAGGAUGAGGAGGAGGAUUUCCCUCAGACGCUGUCGCCGCUCUUCCAGCGCUCCGUGUCUGAGGACUCGGCCGGUUCGUCUGCCUCGACCGCUGGGAAAGCCAAAACUAGGAAAAAGCUGUGUGCCUUCUGUUACUGUGGUGAGCGGAGUGUACUGGGUCAGGGUGAGCUGAAGCUCUUUGGCCCGACUCCGGGUUACGUCCCACUGCACAUCCGGAACCGACGCGGCAGCUCCGAGAAGGACGACGACUAUCACGAUGAGGACGACGACCACGACUUUAAUGAUGACAACGACAACGCCCGCAGCCCCGGCCAGCGGGGGAGGGGCCCAAAGAAGAUCAGCUCACCAGACAGCGGCCUGCACUCGUCCUCCGCCCCGGGGAGCACUGACCCUUUCAGUGAGGAGCCUGUCCACAAACUGUGGGACGAACUGGGCCAGCUCGGCCUCCCACACGACAUCAACGUGCAGUCUUUAUUCGACCCCACCGGUCAGUGCUGUGCUCACCUGUGGUGUGCUGCGUGGUCAGAGGGGGUGUGGCGUGGUGAAGGAGGCCAGGCUCAGCUCUAUGUGGACAAAGCCAUUGACUCAGGGAGCACAGAGUAUUGUGCAUAUUGUAAGCGCCUUGGAGCCUCCAUUAAGUGCUGUGAGGAGGGCUGUAGCCGCUCCUACCAUUUCCCCUGUGCUGCUGCUGCCGGCACCUUCCAGGGCAUCAGGACGUACACGCUGCUCUGUCCGGAUCACAUCCAGCGCGCCCUCGUGCGAUGUAAAGACGAUGUGAAGUGCCUGCUGUGUGACCGUCCCGGUGAUCUUCAUGACCAGCUCUUCUGCACGACUUGUGGUCAGCACUACCACGGCGUGUGUCUGGACAUGGUGGUGACGCCAGUAAGGAGGGCUGGCUGGCAGUGCCCCGAGUGUAAAGUCUGCCUCACAUGCAGGAACCCUGGGGAGGACAGCAAGAUGCUGGUGUGUGACAUUUGUGACAAAGGAUAUCACACGUUCUGUCUCGAGCCUGUAAUGGAUUCCCUUCCUCCUGGUGGCUGGAGGUGUAAGAACUGUCGGACAUGUGCCCAGUGUGGUGCUCGAGCCCUGGGUCAAUGGACCUCCAGCAAACUGUGCGACUGUUGCCAACAGCAACAACACCCUGCGUCCACCUGUCACAUUUGUGGGCGGAGCCAAGACUCUGACGUCCCCAAGGAGACGCUCGUGUGCAACACAUGCAAACGGUGUGUUCACGUGGAGUGUGUGAAGCAGGACGGUGUUCACGUGCAGGACGGAUACACGUGCGGCGUGUGUAAGCAGGAGGAGCCGGACUGCACCGAGCACACACUCAUCCACACCGUCCAGGACACCGUGCCCUCUGACCCCGACACCACAGAUGCUGCAGAGGGAGCUUUCAUGGCUGUUGAAGAGGAAGGUUCCGUUUUGCUGGAACCCGAUAUCGCUGCACUUCCUGUUCCUGAAGAACCAAAAGUGUCUCCAUCAGCUGUAGAACCUGCUCAGGAGAUCCAGGUGACUGUUACUUUGACUGAGGGCUCGUCUACUUUAGCGCCUCCGCUUGCUUCUCAGUGCUGCGCCGCUGUUGUGGACCCAGAUGACGAGGACUCGAGCGGCGCCAUCACGCCGAUGGACACGGAGAAGGAGCAAGAGAUCAUUCCCGAGCCUGAGCACACUGAGGUGGAACCAAAUAUGGCGGACGCCCCGAAAGUCCUACUCACUUCACCUACCAAAGAAACCCAUUCUGAGCCUUCCUCACCACCAGUCGUGGAGGAGCUUAUGAAUUUGGGUGCUCCAGUUCCAGGGGAGUCAGUUGAGAAAAAAGGUCAAGAUACGGGUUUAGCCGAGGACAUUGUAAGGGGACUGGAGAAGGAGCCAGAGCUUCCAAAGAUGUUGCAACCGCAGGAGGCAAAGGAGGAGGAAGAAGAAGAAGAAGAGGUCUCAUUUGAGCCGGCUUUGCCCGAGGAGGCGAGUGUUCUCCAGGGUACAGAGAGCAGUCCAACCCUGGAUACAAUGGAUACCACUCCUGGAAGUGAGCUAAGCUUCUCAGGGUUCAGCUCUCCUGCCAUGGAGGACAAGGUACCAAGCCUUAAACGCUCCCCAGCUUUUUCUCCAGACGGCUCAAUCAAGCUUUGCCAGUCACCCUUUUCUACAGAGGCGUCACCCAGAGAGACACCCACACAUGGCCAGAAUAUGCCUGGGUACAGCCCUGGAGUGCCCCCAGCUGCAUUCUUCCCCCUCACCCCAAAGAUUGGUAUGGGAAAGCCAGCCAUCUCUAAGAGGAAGUUUUCUCCAGGAAGGCCACGAGCUAAGCAGGUUGGAUGGAGCAGUCGUAGUGCCGUGAGCUCCCCGUCCUGGUCUCCGGAGCACUCCGAGGCCUCGGACACCUAUAAGAACCGGCUGCAGCAGGGCGAGCUCGUGUGGACCGCCAGACUGGGCCGUGGAUCAGGGUUUCCUGGGCGGAGACGUCCUCGAGGAGCGAAUCUGUCAGGUCGAGGGGGAAGAGGACGAGCUCGUCUCAAGCUGGACAGCAGCCUUCUGGUGACCCCUGGGGUGAACUUUCUUGAGACUCCUCAUGUGGUGAAAGAAGAAGAGGAGAACGCUAUGCACAAUACAGUCGUCAUGUUCUCCAGCUCUGACACCUUCACACUCAGACAGGAUAUGUGUUUGGUGUGUGGGAGUUUUGGUCAGGGUGCCGAGGGGAGACUCCUGGCCUGUUCUCAGUGUGGUCAGUGCUAUCAUCCGUUCUGCGUCAACAUUAAGAUGACUAAGGUGGUGUUGAGUAAAGGCUGGAGAUGUUUGGAGUGUACGGUGUGUGAAGCGUGUGGACAAGCCAGUGACCCUGGACGCUUACUGCUGUGUGAUGACUGUGACAUCAGUUACCACACCUACUGCCUCGACCCGCCCCUGCAGAAUGUCCCCAAGGGCAGCUGGAAGUGCCGAUGGUGUGUGUUGUGUACUCAGUGUGGAGCCACGUCCCCCGGGCUGCGCUGUGAUUGGCAGAAUAACUACACACAGUGUGGUCCGUGUGCCAGCCUGGCCGUGUGCCCGGUGUGUGUGCGCACCUACAGGGAGGACGAGCUGAUCCUGCAGUGCCGCCAGUGUGACAGGUGGAUGCACGCAUGCUGUCAGUUGCUGAUCUCGUAUGAAGAGGUGGAAAACGCGGCGGACGACGGCUUUGACUGCACCAUGUGCCGAAUGCUGACACUACCAAACCCAGGAGAUUCCAUUCCGAAGCUCACAGAGAGCAGCAGCAGCAGCAGCAGCACUGAGCCUCCGGUGAUCAUACAGACCGCACCCAGGAUCAAGGAGUAUGACUUCCAGAAGACGUACACUCAGGACGGCGUGUGUCUGACUGAAUCGGGUCUGUGUCAGCUGCAGAGUCUCUCCGCGGCCUCGGGGCGGCGCCGGCGAGCCAAACCCAAACUUCGCCUCCGCAUCAUCAACCAGAACAGCGUGGCCGUGCUACAGGCUCCAGCCGAUCCACAGUCCGAGUUCUCCAGAGAUGGAGACAUAAACGACAGCAGAGAAGGUGAUCUGAUGGACUGUGAGGUAAAGUCUGACUCGAGCCCUGAGCGAGAACCCAACGAUGAAGAACCGAAGAGCUCAGAAGGCCUGGAUGGGAUCAAGAAGAGGAAGAGGAAACCCUACAGGCCAGGUAUUGGCGGCUUUAUGGUUCGCCAGAGAAGCAAGACUGGACAAGGCAAAACCAAACGAUGCCUGAGUAGAAAAGACUCCACGGGAUCGCUUGUAGAAAACCCCACUGGGAAAGAUGACGGCUGGAAUGAACCAGACACCCCUGUAGACGAGACGCCGCCUGUGGCCGAGCCUUUAGAAAAGGUCAAGAAGAGGUACAGGAAGAAGAAAACCAAACUAGAGGAGGCCUUCCCCUCAUACCUCCAGGAGGCUUUCUUCGGGAAGGAACUCUUGGAUAAAAGUAAACAGAGUAAACAGGCGUUGGAGACGAGGCCAGUAGAGGAGGAGUUGGCACACGGAGACAGCAAACCACCCAGUGCCAACUCCAGCUUCCUGGAUCCCUCUUCAGAUCCACUUCUCAGUGCUGCAGCCACUCCAAUCUCCGGAAAAGCUGGGACUCUGCCCAGUGCACAGGACCACUUAACCGAGUUGGUUCUCCAUUCAGACGAUGAUCUCCUCGGGAUGCUGUCGGAUGCGGGCCACGAUUCAGGUCUUGAUUUAUGCCCUUUCCAGGUGGACAGCUCCCCCUCUCCGUUCGCUGGUCUGGAUAUUGGGGCCAUUUCUGAUGACCCCUCAGGUCCACCUCAGCCUGUUCCUGCCCGGGGACCUCGACAAUUGCAGGAGGAACCUCUGGAUGUGAUUCUCAGCCCUGAACUGGACAAGAUGGUGACUGAUGGGUCUAUUCUCAGCAAGCUCCAGAUUCCAGAGCUAGAAGGAAAAGACGUGGAAGACUUGUUUACAGCCGUGUUAAGCCCAAGCACCAGUCAGUCGUCUCAACUAGCACAGCCUCCCAAUACCAUCCCUAAUGUGACAGUCAUGACGAUGCCACAACAAGGACCAGCUUCCGGGGAUAAUGCCAUGUUCCCUCGCAUGCCUGCUAUGAAUGGUAUGAUGGGUCCAAACCCGGUAUUUCCCACAAAUUCCAUUAUGUCCGGAGCUGGCAUUUCUAGCACUUUCUCCCCUAUUCACCGGAUGCCUUUUUCUGAAAGGGAGAAGAAUUUCAGCCAUAUGGCAAGCGAUAUGGCCGGUCCUUGGAGUGCUGCCAUCCCUACGCCUGGUCCAGCUCCUCCUGCAGAACCAGAAACGGAUGUAAUGUCCAAUGCCCAGAGGAGUACUCUUAAGUGGGAGAAAGAGGAGACGCUCGGAGAGAUGGCUACUGUGGCACCCGUGCUGUACACUAACGUCAAUUUUCCCAACCUGAGAGAGGAGUUUCCAGAUUGGUCCACUAGGGUAAAGCAAAUUGCAAAACUGUGGAGAAAGGCUAGUUCUCAGGAAAGAGCUCCAUAUGUGCAAAUGGCUCGGGAUAACCGAGCGGCCCUCCGUAUAAAUAAGGUUCAGCUGUCUAAUGACACGCUGAAGAGACAGCAACAUCAGCAGGCUCCUGACCAUUUUGACCCGAGCAUGUCCAUGGACACUGAGCAGCUCUUCAAAGACCCCCUCAAACAAAAGGAGUCUGAGCACGAGCAGGAGUGGAAAUUCCGACAGGGAGAGUUAAAUCAGAUGUUGGGACCCCUUAAGAAGCAACAGGAAAAGGUCCCAAAAAGCAAAGCCAUAAAAUCAACAAAUAAAGACGUCCUUUUUGGACAUUCCAACCAAGCGUCUAUAGCUGCAGGAUGUGGAAAAAAAUCUCUGCAAAUGAGACAAAAGAGCAAACAGCAGGCGAAGAUCGAAGCCACUCAGAAGCUUGAGCAGGUUAAAAAUGAACAGCAGCAACUUCAACAGCAGCAACAGCACCAGCAGUUCCCUGGUCAACCAAGUGGAGAUACUUCUAACAAUGGGAGCAAAAGUCCCAUGACCCCUCAGCCUACCAGUGGAGGCAACACCUCCCCUCUCCAACCCACGACAAUCAAAGAUACCUUCGUAAGACCUCAACUUCCUGGAACUCCAACCUCAAGCUCCUCUUCGGUUGAAGUGUUUUUGCGUCCCCAACUUCCACCCCCAUCAUCUGCGUCAAAAACCCCCACCCAGGAUACCCAGUACCCUCAGGGGUCAUCAUCUCAGCCUCCGUCUCCUCAGAUGUUUUCUCCAGGUUCUUCGGGCUCCCGACCGUCUUCUCCCUGGGAUCCUUAUGCUAAAAUGGCCGGAACGCCUCGACCCCCGCCGUCAGGAUCAAGCACACCUCAUAGAUGCUCAAUAUCUGACAUGCAAGAACGGGGAAGACCUUCUCCAGCUCACGAGCCUUUUGGUUCCCAAUCGCCUGUGAGUGCUGAACACAGGCCAGCAGACCCCUUUGUGAAACCUGUGGGUCUCCCCAGGGCUGGGUGUGUAUCAGAGCAGCAGCAUCUUCAGCAGCAACAACAACAGGGUAGAUACCUGCUGGCUAAUCCGACAUCUGGAGAUUUCGCCAGGCCAAACCAGAGAUCAGAAACGUACCAGAGAACGCCUCCACGCGUUGUGUUGUCAGACCCUUACUCCAGGCCGCUGCUAACUCCGGUUCCUGGAAGUAAUGAAUCUGGAUCUGUGCCACUCUUUAAAACUCCCAUGCCUCUUUCUCAUCCUCCUCAAGACGCCUUUAGUACAGGACAGCUAAGCAUGAGACGUGGCUCAUCAGAUCAUCAGCAAACCGAUCCGUACGCUCACCAACCUCUAACCCCUCAUCCAUCGAUCGGAGAUGCUUUUGAUGGCAGAAUGAUCCGUCAAGCUCCAGGUGGUCAUUUUGCGCAGCCUAUGCCAAUGCCGAGGCAUCCUCAAAGAGAUCCUUAUUCCCAGGCACCAUCCACACCGAGACCGGAUUACUCCUCCCAAAUUUCCGAUCCGUAUUCUCAGCCUCCUGGAACUCCUCGGCCUCAUGAACCCUGUGCACAGCCUCCUGGAACCCCAAGGCCACAUUCUGAUCCGUUCUCCUCAGUGCCUCCUUCUGCACUUCGACCUCUCGAACAGUUUUCGCAGACGCAGUCUCCGUCCCACACGAUGGACCCUUAUGCCCAAAUGCCGGGUACUCCAAGACCAGUAGCGGGAGAACGAUACUCGAAAUCUCCUGGUAAUCAGAGAAAUGCAGACUCGUACCCACCACAGGCUGCAACUCGGACGAUCAAAUCAGAUCCGUAUGAUCAACCACCUGGGACUCCAAGACCGGUUCUUAACGAUCCGUUUGCCCAGGCUCCUGGAACUCCAAGACCAUUACCUAUGGUUCAUACCCCGGAUACAUUUAGUCAUCAGGCUCAAAACAGGAUGACCGGUCCUUUCACAGGCCCAGGAUCCCAAACACCUAAACAUCUCGGCAUUUCCGAUGAAAACUUCUCCUUGCCACACACUAAUCCCAAUCAAACGCCUAUACAUGACCCCUUUGAACAUGUACCCCUGACUCCAUGCUCCAGUGAAAGGCUGGCUCCAACCACAAGCAGCCCUUCUGAUGCCCAGAACCCCAUUCACCCACCACUCGGGGAAGCAGAGGAAAAAAACAAACAGCGUCAGAGAUUACGCCAGCUGAUCCUGAAACAGCAGCAGCAAAAGAGUGCUAUUAGACAGGAGAAAGGACUUCAGGAGGCUACACCAGGCACUCAGUUGCACUGGCCACAGGAAGACGCCAUCCAACCAAGCGACCAAGUGUUUCUCGGCCGCCCUCCUCCUCCAUAUCCCGGAACCCUCAGAUCUUCCCCGAUGCAUGGAGGUCCGAGAUUUCCUGGAGCUUUUUCCGCCGAUCAACAAGCUCCAUUUCCAGAUGAGUCUCAUUGCCCUCGGCCUCAGUUUUCCAGGGAUAUAAGCAACAUGGUCAUGACACCACAAGGGGCUAGGUUUGGAUUUUCAUCCGGUGCUACAGGUCAGGAGUCAUUUCUCCGUCCACCGCACCCGAUGCAAGGUGGACCAGGUGUCGAUAACGUCCCACCACAGAUGAGAAGGUCUUUGUCGGUUGAUCUAGGUAGAUCGAUGGUUGGCAACCCUCAAAUGGGUCUCCCCCAACACUUUCCACCACGUGGCCUUCCAGUGCAACAACACAACAUAAUGGGCCAGCCUUUUAUUGAGCUUCGACACAGGGCACCAGAGAAUCGCGUCCGACUACCGUUUAUGCCACCGAACAUCCUCGACCAUCCGAAUCACCCACAAAGAUCUUCUACCAGCUUAAUGGGAGGGCAAAAUAUGGUGUUUCCUGGAAUUCAGGGUCCACGGCAUUUGGGUCCGAUGAUGGGUCAACCACAGCAAGGAUCUCUCGGGCACCUCCAAAUAUCAGCAAGCAUGGAGAACUUGCACCAGCAAGCAAACAUGCCAGAGAACACCGCUCCACAGCAUCCUCCACUCACUAGUGGUGAAGCACACAGUUCUCCCCAACCAGCACUUCUAGCUGGGACAGUUUCUGGUCCAUCAGAAGAGAUCACAUUGCCUUGUGGUGAUGGAAUUGAGGAGAAGUUAGAUGCAGAUGACUCAGCGGUGAAGGACCUCGAGGACGUAGAGGUUAAAGAUUUGGUCGACGACGAUCUGGAAAACCUAAACCUCGACGCCGAUGAUGGCAAGGAUAUCGAUUUGGAAACGAACGACCUUCAUCUCGACGAUUUUAUAGAAUCUGGAAAAUUCGACCUUCUUGCUUACGCGGAUCCCGAGUUGAACCUCGAGGACAAGAAGGACAUGUUUAACGAGGAGCUAGAUCUCAGCGACCCCAUCGAGGACGAUCAUGGGGAAACGUCUGUCCUUCAGAAGGUGUUGUGUGAGAAGAAAUCUCCUGAAGCUAUGAAUAAAUCCGAGAAAGGAGAGCCACCUUUUUGUGGGAAAAAAGAAGAGAACCUGGAAGUGGAAAGCGCUGGUGGUCUCCUGGCAACAAGAACUAUAAAAACCGAGGUUAAACAGGUCCAGGCUGAGGAACACUCGGUUGGUGACACCGGGGCUUUAGAUAAUAACACUUGCCAAGGAGAAAUGUCCAGUCUGUUUGAGGGAUCACCUCAGCAGAUUGGUUUAUCAAGUUCAGGGGUUUCUUCGGGUUCCGCGCCGGUGCUCUCAGACAUUUUACCCAAAGAGAAACCUGAGGAUUCCGGGAUUGUCCCUGCAGCACCUCACCAGGGUAACCAUUGUACAGAACUUCAGCCCAACAUAGGCAUGAUGCUGCAGGGACAAAUCAAAGACCAUGGAAUGAAUCCUCCAGUGACAGUGGGACACAGAAUGGACGCAUCACUCGCUCAAUUGCCAGUUCCAAGCCAGCAGUUACCAGUUCAAGGAUUUGGAUCUUCACCAGGCCAGCAAAUGGAUAUAAACCUGCCCAUGCUGGGGGGACAGCAACACGUCCCCCAGCCUCUCCAUCCCCAGAAUCAGCAGGUGAUGUAUCCACAAGGGUCCAUAGGGCAGCAAGGCUCUAAGUUACAACAGAACCAGCUGAACAGGCCACUGCUCUUAGAAGAGCAACCUCUUCUUCUGCAAGAUCUACUGGACCAGGAGAGGCAGGAACAGCAGCAACAGAGGCAGAUGCAGGCGAUGAUUCGCCAACGGUCGAACGACCCCUUUUUUCCGAACGUUGACUUCGACGCUAUUACAGACCCGAUCAUGAAGGCCAAGAUGGUGGCCCUAAAAGGAAUUAAUAAAGUCAUGGCACAGAACAGCAUGGUAAUGCCACCCAUAGCCAGAAUGCAACCCAUUUCGGGGACACAUGGACCAGAUGCACUCGGGUUACCUCAGCAGGCUUUUGGACAGGACGGGAAGCUUGUACCACAGCUGACCAGACCGAACCCUCCCAAUUUUGGACCCGGGUUUGUCAAUGAUGCUCAAAGGAAGCAAUAUGAGGAGUGGCUUCAGGAAACUCAGCAGCUUCUUCAAAUGCAGCAGAAGUUUUUGGAGGAACAGAUUGGGGCCCACAGAAAAUCCAAAAAGGCCCUGUCAGCAAAACAGCGCACGGCGAAAAAGGCAGGCCGUGAGUUCCCUGAGGAAGAUGCAGAGCAGCUGAAACAUGUGACUGAACAACAGAGCGUGGUCCAGAAGCAGCUGGAACAGAUCCGCAAGCAGCAGAAGGAGCACACCGAGCUGAUUGAAGAGUAUCGUGUCAAGCAGCAACAGCGGACUAUGCAGUCCUCUCUGAUGAAUCCGAUGCAGCCAUUGCCAGGAAUGUCUGGCCAACCACCUGGCAUGGUGCCUGGUGGAGUCCACAUGGGCCAACCCAUGAUGGGUCCGAUGCAAUCACAUCCCGGUCAGCCAAACCCCAACCGCAUGCCUAACAUGCCUGGCUGGCACCCCGGCGGCCCUGGACCAAUUGGAGGACCCAGAAUGCCACCUCACAUGCCUCCUCAGAUGCCACCAGCCAACCCUGUCCAGCCACCUCAGGCCCAGGUGCCACCUGGCCAGCCAGGCGGUGUAGGUGUCAGUCAUGGGGUUGGAGGUGCCACCCCUCAUGUAAAGUUUGACGACAAUAACCCAUUCAGCGAGGGCUUCCAGGAGAGGGAGCGCCGCGAACGACUGCGAGAGCAACAGGAGAGGCAGCGUGUGCAGCUAAUGCAGGAGGUAGAAAGACAGAGGGCUCUUCAGAGGCUGGAGAUGGGGCAACAGGGUCCAGGCAUGGCUCCAGAUGCUAACCGUGACAGUCUGGUCCACAUGCCCUUCUACAAUACCGACCUGCCCCCAGACUUCAUGCAGCCUGCCAGAGCUCAGCAGCCGCAGCAGAUGGGAUCAAUGUUCCCCCAGCAGGGCAGUACACCUCUAGACAUCGGGGGCCCUGGUCCAGCUUUCAUGCCGGGUUCCGAGCGACGACCCAUAGUUGGGAGUGCUGCUUUUCCAGGCCAGGACAUGGGGUCGAAUUUCCGGCCAAAAAAUUCAACGAUGCACGGAAUAAAUUUCAUCCCAGGCCAGCCCCGGCUCCCGACAGCGCCCCAAGGUGGAGGUGACGGCCCUCUGUUUGGCAUGGAAUCAGCCACACCGCUGCCUCCUAAUUACCCUGGUUCAGGGCAGUCUCUCAUACAAUUAUAUUCCACCAUCAUCCCAGAGGAGAAAGGCAAGAAAAAGAGGAAUCGGAAAAAGAAGAAAGACGACGACACGGAUUCGGUGAAAACUCCUUCCACACCUCACUCAGACCUUACUGCCCCUCUGACCCCAUGCGUUUCGGACACGUCUUCCACCCCUACACGCAGUGCUGCCCUACUGGGAGACCAGGACUCCUCUGAGCUCUCCAAUUCGUUCACUCUUUCCGGCCUGCCUUCUUCAUUAGAGCUGUCUGCUAGCGGGGGUCUGCUCAGGCGACAGUCUAGCGUGGGUUCAGAAACUGAACGAGGAGUUUUCGAAGAACUCCAAGAGAUCAAGCAGGAAAAGCUGGACAUGAGCGAGUGCCAGGGGACAGAAGGGGAGUUUGGAUCAGGGGUGGUAAAGGUUGAAGAGACCCAAAACCUCACCGGGCAAAGUCCAGCCCACAGUACCAAGGGCGAAUCUGGGAACGAACUCCUCAAACACCUGCUGAAUAACAAGAGCAUGACACCACCUUCAGCCACACCCCACGUACAACAGAUAUCCAAUGAUGACGAAGGAGUGGCUGAAAAUAAGGGCUCUGUUAAGAUGACUCCGACUGAGUGUUUGGAUGCUGUGAAUAGCCGGUUGGCUGGUAAUUUGGAUUCCCUAGAGCCUUCUGUACCAGAGCAAGGCAAGAAAAAACAGCGCAAUAAGAGAACACCGAAAAUGGGGGCCGAAAAACCUCAGUCUCGCUGGAAGAAAAGAAAGAAAGAGCAGGAGGAUCACCAGGCCUUGUAUCCGACCACCGAUACUUUGAUGACGCAACUGAAACAGCAGCUCUCUCUGUUGCCCCUCAUGGAGCCCCUGAUUGGCGUGAACUUUGCCCACUUCCCUCCGUACGGCAGCGGUCAGCUGAUUGGCGAGAACAGACUCACUGGGUCUUUUGGCAGUGCGUCACUGGACGGCGUGUCAGACUACUACUCCCAGCUCAUCUAUAAGCAAAACAACUUGAGCAAUCCUCCAACUCCGCCUGCCUCUCUUCCCCCUACCCCGCCUCCUGUAGUGAGGCAGAAGAUGGUGAAUGGUUUUGCAACAGCAGAAGAACUGGCUAGGAAGGCUGCUGUUAUAAGUGGGCACGAGGCGUCCAAAGGUUUGGGUCCGAAGCCCACCACGAUUAAAAACGAGGAAGAUCUCCUGUCUCAGGCCAUUUCUCAGGGACCCAAGACGGUAGACGUGCCUGCCUCGUUGCCGACGCCCCCUCACACCAAUCAGGAGGAGCUCCGUGGCCAGGACCAUUGUGACAGGGACACUCCAGACAGCUUCGUCCCCUCCUCGUCCCCGGAGAGUGUCACCGGCAUGGAGAUCAGCAGAUACCCGGAUCUGUCUCUAGUCAAGGAGGAGCCUCCAUCACCUGCAACAUCUCCUACCAUCCCCAUGCUGCCCAGUGCGAGCGGGAAAGGCACCAGGGCGAUGCAAUGGGAGGUGAAGAAAGAACCCCAGGGCAAUUUCUUCGGUUCUCAUUUCGAUCGCUCUUCUUCCUGCUCCAAGGCCGGUCUGAUGUCUGUAUCACUUACGCUCAGCCGAGCUGCAGCCGAGAACAUCCAGGGAGUCAUGGCGGCGCUUUCCAACUUGCUUUGCCUUCCUGUGCCUUCCAACUACGACGUAUCUCGCACCCUGAGUCCAGAGCCACGCAACUCCCUGGCCAUGCUGGCGAGCCUCAAAGUCCCUCCACCUCAAGGGUUGUACCCUCGCAACGCCGCUCUGUUCCCCCAGUCUGCCAUGAGGUUCUCCAGGCCUCUUGGAGCGAUGUCCUCGACUCAGCACUUCACACCAAACACCAGCGCCAGUCCCUGUGCAAUCAGACCAGAAUACCACAUGGAUGGAAGCAGCCCUGGGAGAAAGCUGCAGUGGUGUGCCCAGUGUAAAGUGGUGGUUUUGGGAAGCGGAGUCCGGAGAUCUGCCAAGGACCCCUGCGAAAAACAGGAGGGCCAGGUUUGGGCUGAGGGCAACAAGGUUUUCUGCAGUCGCAACUGCCUUGUUCUCUACUCAUCCAUCAUGCAGAAUAAACCUGCGGACAAUAAGCCGAAUACGCCCAUGCUCCCCGAGUCUGAAGAGAAAUGCCCUCCCAAAGUUCUCCACCAGUACAGCAAUAACAUGUCCACCCUGGACGUACACUGCCUGGCCCAGAUGCAGUUGAAGCAGUCUCCCCCUUCCACCCCUCCUAUCUCUUUUCCAUCCAUUUUGUCUGAGAAAACUGAGAGCAAGUCGGAGGCCCUGAAAGUCACCGUCAAGCUGAAACCCCGACUCCGGGCAGUCCAUAACGGAGUAGACGAACCUCACUACCAACCUGCGAAGCGUUGGAAAGGACUACGCUGGCGCAAGUGGAGCAUUCAUAUUGUGGUACCCCGAGGAAAGCUGCCGGCGCAGAGUGGGGACGAGCUGGAAGAGCUGCUCAGGAAGCUGGACGCAUCGCUGCGGCCCGAGCCACUGCCCAAAGACCUGCGCCGCUGCUGCUUUUGCCACGAGGAAGGUGACGGUCUGACAGACGGCCCUGCUCGACUACUAAACCUUGACCUAGAUUUGUGGGUGCACUUGAACUGUGCACUGUGGUCCACCGAGGUGUACGAGACGCAGGCCGGCGCGCUGAUCAACGUGGAGCUGGCGCUGCGCCGUGGCCUAGGGAUCCGCUGUGCCUACUGCCAGCGCACGGGAGCGACCAGUGGCUGCCAUCGCCUGCGCUGCACCAACACGUACCACUUCACCUGUGCACUCAAGGCUCAGUGUACCUUCUUCAAAGACAAGACCAUGCUUUGCCACCUGCACAAACCUCGCAUGGGCAAUGGCACCGGGGGAGCCUUGUUUGGGGGUCCGGAGCACGAGCUGCGCUGUUUCACGGUGUACCGGCGCGUUUACGUGCAGCGAGACGAGGCGCGCCAGAUCGCCAGCUUGAUGCAGCGCGGUGAGCGUGAACACACCUUCCGUGUAGGCAGCCUGGUGUUUCAUUCAGUCGGACAACUUCUGCCACAGCAAAUGGAAGCCUUCCAUUCGCCCGCUGCCAUCUUCCCAGUCGGCUACGAGGCCAGUCGGAUCUACUGGAGCAUGCGCCAUCCUAGCCGACGCUGCCGUUACCUGUGCUCCAUUGACGAGAAGGAUGGCACCCCUGAAUUUACCAUUCGUGUGCUCGAGCAAGGAUAUGAGGACCUCAUCUUGACUGGCUCUUCUCCUAAAGGUGUGUGGGAUAAGGUCCUGGAGCCGGUGGCUGAGAAAAGAAACGAGACAGGAAUUCUUAAAUUGUUCCCGGUCUACCUGAAGGGAGAAGAUCUGUUUGGACUCACCGUACCUGCGGUCACCAGGAUCGUGGAAUCGUUGCCGGGGGUGGAGGCGUGCUCUGGCUACACGUUCCGUUACGGACGUAAUCCGCUGAUGGAGCUGCCGCUGGCCAUCAAUCCCUCGGGAUGUGCUCGAUCAGAACCCAAGGCUUGCACACAUGUCAAGAGGUGUGUGUUAAGGCCUCACACUUUGACCAGCAGCUGCUCCGCUAAAAUCCUGCAGACCAAUGGAAGUCCUGCUGAGCUCACCGGUGCCCCCUACAGCAAACACUUUGUGCACUCCAAGUCUUUUCAGUACAGACGCAUGAAAGCCGAGUGGAAGUCCAACGUUUACUUAGCUCGCUCGCGCAUCCAGGGUUUGGGGCUGUACGCUGCUCGAGACAUUGAGAAAUACACCAUGGUGAUUGAGUACAUCGGUACCAUCAUUAGGAACGAGGUGGCAAACCGCAAAGAGAAGAUGUACGAAUCGCAGAACCGUGGAGUUUAUAUGUUCCGCAUCGACAGCGAGCACGUCAUAGACGCCACCAUAACAGGAGGACCUGCACGAUACAUAAACCACUCCUGCGCACCCAACUGCAUAGCAGAGGCUGUGACUUUUGAAAGAGACCACAAAAUCAUCAUCAGCUCCAACCGUCGGAUCCAGCGUGGGGAGGAGUUGUGCUACGACUACAAAUUCGACCUUGAAGACGACCAGCAUAAGAUUCCUUGUCACUGUGGAGCAGUAAACUGCAGGAAGUGGAUGAACUGAAUCGGAGCGAGAGAUCGGAUCGGCAAAACGUUCAACCUCCACACAUAUGCAUUCCUUCUGAUCUUUCUGUUGUUUUUUAAUAAUCGCUAGACCCGUUUUUAAACAGGACGUGUUUUAUCGCUAAAAAAAUACAAAAAUAAAUCAGGGCAGAUAAUACGACCGCAGAACUGUAAGGGGGUUUGAUGGAGAUCAAAAAAAAAGGCAGGGGUUGUGGGGAGUGGAAUCCAGGUUACACACACACACACACACACACACACACACACACACACACACAGGUCCCUCUGUAGAAUCAUCUCUCGUGUUUUUUUUUGAGCUUAUGAGACGUGGAUUGAAGUUCGCAGAGACUCUGUGGUCGGGUUUCAUCUCUACAUCUGAGGAGGAAGUGAUGGUGCUGGUCACAGCCUUAUUUGGACUAUAAAGAGGCGGGACCUCUGGAUUAAAAACACAAAAGAUAAUAAUAAUUCUAUAUAGAUACAGAGAGAGAGAGAGAGAGAGAGAGAGAGAGAAUAUACAGAGAUGUAGACACCACUGAACAAGGAAUGUACUGAGAAGACUUCCCUAGGGAUUAAAGCUAAGGGAUUAUUAACUUGCACUAAAAACAAAACAAAAAAAAAUUACGGUUUAAUAAAAAAAAUACUUGA